AGAAGAUCAUCCUCUUGGGCCUCGUGACCUCGCCUUUCAGCCACGAUCCAUCCCUACAGCUUGAAGAGAACUAAUAGCCUCAAGCCAUUACGACUGCUCUGGCAUACCUACAUGUACAUGUACCCUAACCGUGUAUCCGAUCACGCAUUUCGUCAUGGUCAACUACCAUUUAACCACGAAAAGCAUCUUCACUCCAGCAAGUCUUCUCCCAUCCCACAAACGGACGCCAAGUUCACACUCCUGUCAAGAACGAAAAAAGAGUCUCAAAGUCGACAUGUCUACCACUGCGAGCGCCACCAGCGAUGACCUUUCCCAUCGCCAGUACCUUCGAUGGGACACUAAGGGCGUUGAAGAUCCGCCACCAGGUGAACAAGAAGACAUCAAGGCCGUGGCCGAGCAGAUCAAUACACAGCAACGGCAGCAGUUUGAUCACCACCGACAUGUCUACACCGGCACGCACUGUCGAACGCACGGCAUUGUGAAGGGAACAUUCACAGUCCAUGAUGCUCUUCCACCACACCUUCGUCAAGGCGAACUCUUUGCCCAGCCAGGCUCCUUCCCAGCAGCAUGUCGCUAUUCGACCGAACCAGGUGACCCAGGCUUUCCCGACACCAUACCAACGCCGCGUGGAUUCAGUAUCAAGCUGUUCAACGUCAAGGGCGACUUCUUGCCCACCGGCGCAGACGGUGCCCACCCACCCACACAAGACAUUGAGUUCAACAGCACUCCCGCUAUUGAAUUGGCAGACGCAAAAACGACGCGAGAGAUCUUCAACAUCCGCAUGGGACUGGGAACGCUUCUCGACACGAAGGAGAUGAACCAGGAGCUUGAGAAGAGGAAGGAUACGGAAUUGCAAAAAGGUCGAUUCCAGGUCCCCAAUCCUCACCUUGCCUCUCUCCGACAAUACUCGCAAACUGCCUACCGUUUCGGCGACUACGUGUUCAAAUACUGUCUGGUACCCAACACUGCAACCCAAGAGAAGCUCGCCGACCAGACCAUCAGACCCGACACUGAUGCUACCGACCAACACCACAAAUGGCUCCAAAACUUCCAUCAAAACCACGACGCAGAAUAUCUCUUCCAAGUACAACUUCUCGAGAACUUGGACGAGCAACCGGUAGAAUACUCCGGAAAGGAAUGGGACUCGAGCAAGUAUCCCUGGCAGACUGUGGCAACUCUCCAGAUUCCCAAGCAGGAAGCGUUUGACUUGGAGAGGAAAGCCUUUUGGGAAGAUCACAUGCGAUUGGAUCCUUGGCACGGUUUGAAGGCAUAUCAGCCAUUGGGUGGGAGUAACAGGUUACGAAAGGUGGUUUAUCCGGCUAGUUCGAAGUUGAGGAGGCAGAUGAAUGGGAGGAAGGAGAUUUGGGUCAAGAGUAUUGAUGAGAUUCCGAAUUGAUCUUGCUCUUGUGGAGUUCAGUGAUUUUUUGUAAUACACCAGAUAUGAGGCUUUUCAUGAUGGACAAAACAUCACAGUGCAUGAAUGAUGGGUAGUAAUAUGGAGAGGAAGUACCUCCUAGUCCAGCAACCUUAAAAAAAAGAUCGGGC